UUUUCAAGUCAAUAAUCCUUCUAUUAUACUAAAUGGACUUUAACUCUAUAUGCGAAGAAGCAUAAUCACAUGACCUGUCCAACCCCAUCAUUCCUUUUUUCCCGUGAUAAAACACUUCUUCUGAUGAGCUGAAAACCAGACUCAUGUUUUGUUUCAAAACCACAAGACAAUAAGGAUUAGCAGACUAGUGGAUAAAGUUUGGGGGAUUCACAAUGCAAUUAAUCGUGUCUUACAGAUUUGAUGUAUGCUGAUGAUCUUGACUAGAAGAUACAGGAAAUUGAGUGAACUCAUGAUCUUUCAGGUAAAAGGAGGCUUUACAUUUUGUUAUCCAAUUUGUUUCAGUGGGGUCUUUUUAGUGUUAUGUUUUCGGAGUUGGCCGGGAACAGUAUAAGUCAAUCCCACAAGUUCUUCAUCUUGUUGCUUAAAAGCUGUACAAUGAUUGGAAAACAAUUCCAUGUGAGUCCUCAUGGGCUUAUGUUUCUCAAGCUUCCUCCACAUAAUACAUAUCCACCUGCUACAUCCACUACUCAAUCUAAAUUUGUGGAGGAUACAACACUUCUAUGUUCGCCUAUAUAUACAACAGCUCCCUGAGUUACAACCAACAACAACUCCUCAAAAAGCUUUAGCUUUCUCAGUUUUCACUUGUUUCACAAAACUUUCCAGAGAAUUCUAUUUUGGCCUCAGCCAGAUUUACUUUGAUACAACCAUGGCCAUCCGUCAAAUUCUUAGACGAUCUUUGUCAGCUGAAAGAAGAUCAAUUUCAUCAGGAACUGAAGUUCCAAAGGGCCACUUUGCUGUUUAUGUUGGAGAGAGCAAAAAGAAACGCUUCGUUAUUCCAAUAUCAUACUUAAACCAUCCAGCAUUUCAAGAUUUGCUCUGCCAAGCUGAAGAAGAAUUUGGGUUCAGUCAUCCAACCGGUGGUCUAACAAUUCCUUGCAGUGAGGAUUUAUUUGUGGAUAUAACCUCCCGCUUGGCUAGAAGAUGAUAUAUGUACUUUGUUUUAGUGGAACACAGUUUUGUAAUUAGUUGUUCUGAUAUAGGAUAUUUUUCAGGAGAGGAAAUGUAUACCGGAACAAAAUUACAUUGCA